GAGAAUGCACAGACUGAAAUAGAAGAUAAACUUGGGGCUAGCUGUCCAUGGUGCUGAAGAGGAUCGCCACACUUGUCACAGGCUGACACCAGCUCCUCUCCGCUCACAGUCAGGUCCAGAGGGCUGGUGAGGGACCAGCAGCGACGUGGCGUCUGCACAGAAGCCUCUAACUAUGGAUGUGUGCUCCUGACUGUCUCCCACAUGGAGCAGCAGCGCCCCCAUAUAGCGCUUCCGCUUCUCACCCCCGGCAGCCUGAUGGGAUGCUGGCGCAAUAUUUUGAGGCGGGAUCUACAGGGAGACCCAGGUGUUGGGACAACGUCCACGGGCCGCGAGUCCUUAUCGCUACUCCGUUAUAACACAUCAGCAUUACUGGGCGCUGAGCCAUUUUUGGACACGGAGGCUAGCGCGCAGCUCUCUCCUGUGUGUCGAAGAAGCCUACACGGAAGUUGUUGGACGGCCGCUGUUUUCCAGAAGUUUACAAUGAAGAGCAGCGUUUUCCUGCUGCUGCUGCUCGCGGCUUUCACCUGUGGACUCGCGCGGGGAGAGGACGGUGAAGCCGAGGAGCUGCAGGUGGAGACCCUGGUGAAACCCGAAACUUGCUCUGUACUUUCCACGAUGGGAGACACGCUGCGAAUCCACUACACGGGUAAACUGAUGGAUGGAAAGGUGAUCGACUCAUCACUAUCCCUGGAUCCUCUUGUGGUCGAGCUGGGGAAGAGGACUGUUAUUGCCGGUCUGGAACAAAGCUUGGUUGGCGUGUGUGAAGGGCAAAAAAUCAAAGCCACUAUCCCAUCUCACCUUGCAUAUGGAAAAAAAGGUUACCCUCCUACGAUUCCAGGUGAUGCUGCCCUUGAGUUUGAGGUGGAGGUGGUUUCUCUGACACAGCAGACGUCGUGGCAGAAAAUGGUCAACGACGUAUUCCCCCUCGUGUGUUUGGCUCUGGUGCCCACUCUGCUCGGCUUGGUGGGACUUUACCUCUACAAAAAAGCCAACGCCGAGAAGCCAGGCAAAAAGAAGGCAAAGGAUAAGAAGAUCAAGAAGAAAUAAGGAUGCGGCACAGAAUUAUUUAAAUAAAUUUUUAAAAUUUUAUUUGGGUUGUUUUCAUGUUUAUUUAAUAUUAAUACAGGCUUUUAAUAUGUGUAUCAACAUCUGCAAUUUCAAUCAAUGUGUUUCGAAAAUACAUGGUUUUAAGUAGAAUAUGCCUCUCAAGGACGGCAUUUCAACAUGCAGACGGGAGGAACUGGGGAUCAAACCGCCAACCCCGGCUCUACCUCCUGAGCCACAAUUACAAAAAAUAAAUCAACUCAUAGAAGCAGAGAGAUUAAAAUGACAAUGUUACAAGUUCAAUUUAAGAAACAGUUUUGCCUUUUCUACAGAACCGCAUACUCAAAUACCUAACAGUAGGACAUUUGGUUAAAGUGCAAGAACACUUUCACAGCCUGCAGAAUGCUUCACUGACAUUUGUCUGUGUUUUUUUAUUGUGAAUGUAUUAAAUAGCAGCCUGUGCACAGACCUGCUCCUUUAUUAGCAGGUAAAUGGCAGAGCACCAUCGAGUAAUAGCCUUAUAAAGAAACAUGACUCAUUACCAAAAAAGGUGACGUAUUGCUAAGAGAUUUUCUUUGGAGAAGAUGGGCACACACUUUAAAAUUAACUGAAUAAAUGAAGCUGUAUAGUAACUAAAAUAUUACAUCUGCUUAUCUGCAGCUUUUCCUUUUGUAUUUGUAUUAAAGCAAUUUGAUGAA